CGAGCGGUAUUACCUAAAUCCUUUUUAUCCUACGGUCCAAAACACCAUGUUUACAAUGAUGGACAAAUCCCCACCGUACUUUGUAAAUCUUCCUUCUUCAUCAUGUCAUUGUCUAAACUGCCAUGUUUACUUGAUGAACAAAGUGCCCAUUGUAACAACACUCAUCCAAAAAACAAUCUAUUCACACGUAUUGCAACACGUCACAAUACAAAUCCAUGGAGCCAUCUACGUCAAAAGCUAUUCAACACCAACACAUAUACAUUAAAAUGCUGCACAUACAACGCCAUACAAUUAUGGAAGCAAAAGAUUGGAAUGCAUGCCACUCUGGAAUGGAAUCAUUAA